AUGUCACCAUAUUCCAAAGUGAUUCAGGUUAAGGAUUCUGAUGAGGACCAGCCUAUGUCAGUGAAGGAGAAGGAAGCUAGCGAAAGCUACGGGGAUGGGAAAUUGAAAAGAUGUUAUUCACUGGCGGCUGCGACCAUGGGUACAUCUGGACGAAUUAGUUUCACUGUGCUCAGAUUGCUGGAUUUCCCCGAGCACAAUACCUUCGGAGGCAAGACUCAGAACCUCCAACCCAAUGCCGUCCCGGCUCUUACUACGAGUGCACCGAGGUCUACCCGAGUCAUUACCCUUGUGUAUGAGUGGCGCUUUCGGCUUGUUCCUGAGGAAUGUGGAGAGGUGCUUGGCUCAGACUCUGAAAAAAAGAAAAAGAGACGGGUGCUGUUCUCCAAGGCUCAGAUUCUGGAACUGGAGGGGCGCUUCUGGCAGCAGCAUUACCUAUCCUCUUCAGAGAGGGAACAACUGGCUCGAUUCUUGAGCCUAACGCCUACUCAGGUCAAAAUCUGGUUCCAGAACCACCGCUACAAAAUGAAGCGUGCUCGACGUCGUGGGCCUGUGGGUAUUGCUUGUGCUGCAGACCUGAGCCCACCUUCUGCAUUGCUACGCCGGGUGGUAGUCCCGGUGCUGAUCCACGACCGAAAACCUUGCCAAGUUUGUCAACUUAUUCUGUCAGCAGCUCCGGACAAGAGCUGGCACUGCCUCGGCUUGCGUCUUUCAGAGUUACACUUUUUCCACCACAACUUGCACGGUUUUAUUCAGUCUCUUCCAGGCUAA